AUAUAUCAAUAACUAUGUGUGCAGGUUUUACCAUGGGUUCAUUUAUUAUGGUAUUGGGAUUCCUCGCAACUUUUUAUGUCUAUCAUUUAGAAAAAAAGAAGAGAGAAAAUGGACAAAAAAUCGAAAAGUUUUUGGAGGACUACAUAGCAUUAAAGCCAUCAAGAUAUACCUAUGCUGAUGUGAAAAAUAUCACAAAUAACUUCAAAGACAAGUUGGGAGAAGGAGCAUAUGGAACAGUAUUUAAAGGGAAGCUUUCCAAUGACAUCCACGUUGCUGUGAAGAUUUUGAACAGUGUCUCAAAGGGAAAUGGGGAAGAGUUCAUCAACGAAGUGGCCACAAUAGGUCAAAUUCACCAUGUCAAUGUGGUCCGAUUGGUUGGUUAUUGUGCUGAUGGAUUUAGAAGAGCGUUAGUAUACGAAUUCUUACCAAAUGAUUCGCUGGAAAAGUAUAUUUUAAAACAACGGCCAACAGGCAAUGAAAAUUAUUCACUUAGUUUGGAGAAAUUGUUCGACAUUGCCUUAGGAACGGCUAAGGGAAUUGAGUAUCUCCACCAAGGCUGCGAUAAACGCAUUCUUCAUUUUGAUAUUAAGCCCCAUAACAUCUUGUUAGACCACAAUUUUAAACCAAAGAUUGCUGAUUUUGGUCUUGCCAAGUUAUGUUCAAAGGAUCAAAGCAUAGUGUCAAUGACCACGGCUAGGGGAACUAUAGGGUAUAUUGCACCUGAAGUAUUCUCUAGGAACUUUGGAAAUGUGUCCUAUAAAGCAGACGUUUAUAGUUUUGGAAUGUUGUUGCUCGAAAUUGUAGGAGGCAGAAAAAAUGAUAACAUGAACGAAAUUUACUAUCCAGAAUGGAUUUUUAAUCUUUUAAAUGAAGGACGAGAUCUUCGAAUCUAUAUUGAUGAAGUAGGAGAUGGCAUGAUUGCAAAAAAACUCGCAAUUAUUGGACUUCAGUGCAUUCAGUGGCACCCAAUAGAUCGCCCAACUAUGAAAGUUGUGGUUCAAAUGUUGGAAGGAAAUGAAGAACUAAGUAUGCCACCUAAUCCAUUUUCAACUUCAGAUUCAUCCAAGACAAAUACCAAGAUGCCCAAGAGAUUUAUGACAACCUUAGAAUUAGAAACUAUAGCCGAAUGAGCAUGAGUAUUUUAUUUUCCUCGUGUGAAUUAAUUUGCAUGUGACUGUUGUCUAUUACCUAUAUAUUCU